AUGGCCGGCUGUGAUGAUGGUGACUAUGAUGAAAUCAAUAAAGAACCAAAUCUUCCAGACGACAACGACCACCACAACUUCAACACCUCAUGCAACGACAUCAAUUUCUUCAUCAUACGUUUCCUCAUCAUCGACGACGUCAUCGCAGUCGACACUAACGCCACCACCAUCGUCGCUAUUCAUCCGCAACGUUACCAGGACACCAGGUACAGCGUCUACAUCAAGGCACAUUCCAAACUGACCAACAGAUCCAUUCUGAGCACGGAGUAUGAAAUCUAUACCAGAAGCGCGCGAACACUCAGACAUAGGCACAUAUUUAUAAUGGCUUCAGUAAUGUUUAAUUAUUGUGAGUUCUUUGAUGCUCUUGGUUUCCAUGGUGACAUAGGCGAAGUAUUCCUCAUUGAGAUCAUGAGACAUUUCUUGGAAGCACUGUGUUUGUGUGUUGUGUGUGUGUUGGACCUGCUCUGA